GAGAGCAAACCCUGGACCUGGAGUUCACUAUUUCAAGAAAUUAUUAUACUGAAGUAAAAUGCUGCAUGAGUUAGAAAAAGGAAGGAUCCAGAAACAUAUGGCCUGAUUGUUGACAAUGACAUCGAUAAGAGGCUGGCAUUUCUUUCUGUUCUAACCAGCUACUUUAUAACUGUGAAUAGUAACUAUGCGUAUUUGUUGGUCAGCAAAGCCAAGGAACAAGAGCUAUGGCAGUUGAAAAAGUCUGUCUGAUUUCAGGUUAUUUUUCCUGGGUUUCAUCAUCAGAGACCUUCUCCUUUUCAUCUCAUCAACAGUGUGGUAUCUUUUACCAUUCGAUAAAGAGUAAGGACAUGUCCAUUGGUCAGCAACCAGAACUUAAAAUCUGCUGGAAUAAGGUCAGAGACCAUUUCAAUUACAGCUGAGGAAAAUGAAAUUUCCAUUUUAUUCCGUGCCUUGUGUAGGAAGCACACUAACUCUUAACAGAAAGGUGUGACUGAAAAGAGAUUGAGUUUGUCUAAUAGAAACUCACGGUUAUGGCGAGUGACCCAACGUGAUUAGAGGGGGCAAAAGCCACACAGGAACUCAUGACGGGCUAUACCAUGUUGCGGAAUGGGGGAGUGGGGAAUGGAGGUCAAACCUGUAUGUUACGGUGGUCCAACCGGAUCCGACUCACAUGGCUCAGCUUUACGCUCUUCAUUAUUCUGGUGUUCUUCCCUCUGAUUGCUCACUAUUAUCUCACCACUCUGGAUGAGGCUGAUGAGGCAGGCAAGCGGAUUUUUGGCCCAAGGGCUGGUAAUGAACUAUGUGAGGUAAAGCACGUGCUGGAUCUUUGCCGGAUUCGUGAGUCUGUAAGUGAGGAGCUCUUGCAGCUGGAAGCCAAGCGGCAAGAGCUGAACAGUGAAAUUGCCAAGCUGAAUCUGAAGAUUGAAGCCUGUAAGAAGAGUAUUGAGAAUGCCAAGCAGGACCUGCUUCAGCUCAAGAAUGUUAUUAGCCAGACUGAGCACUCUUAUAAAGAGCUGAUGGCGCAAAAUCAGCCCAAACUUUCUCUGCCUAUCCGACUGCUUCCAGAGAAGGAUGAUGCUGGUCUUCCUCCCCCAAAGGUCAUACGGGGAUGCCGGCUGCACAAUUGUUUCGAUUAUUCUCGCUGUCCUCUCACCUCCGGUUUUCCAGUCUAUGUAUAUGACAGUGACCAGUUUGCCUUUGGCAGCUAUCUGGAUCCCUUGGUCAAGCAGGCUUUUCAGGCUACAGCACGAGCCAAUGUGUAUGUUACAGAAAAUGCAGACAUUGCCUGCCUUUAUGUGAUACUAGUGGGAGAAAUACAAGAGCCAGUAGUGCUUCGGCCUGCCGAACUUGAGAAGCAGCUCUCUUCUUUACCACAUUGGCGGACAGAUGGACACAACCAUGUCAUCAUCAAUCUGUCACGGAAGUCGGAUACACAGAACUUACUAUAUAAUGUCAGCACAGGCCGUGCCAUGGUGGCUCAGUCUACUUUCUAUGCUUCCCAGUACAGACCUGGCUUUGACUUGGUAGUAUCGCCACUAGUGCAUGCCAUGUCGGAGCCCAACUUCAUGGAAAUCCCACCACAGGUGCCAGUUAAGCGGAAAUAUCUUUUCACCUUCCAGGGUGAGAAGAUUGAAUCACUGAGAUCCAGCCUUCAGGAGGCCCGCUCCUUUGAAGAAGAAAUGGAAGGUGACCCUCCAGCCGACUACGAUGAUCGUAUCAUUGCCACCUUAAAGGCUGUGCAGGACAGCAGGCUAGAUCAGGUCCUGGUAGAAUUUACCUGCAAAAACCAGCCUAAACCCAGUCUGCCUACAGAGUGGGCACUGUGUGGUGAGCGUGAGGACCGCUUGGAAUUACUGAAGCUUUCCACCUUCGCUCUCAUUAUCACUCCUGGGGACCCUCACUUGGUUAUUUCAUCUGGGUGUGCAACACGGCUCUUUGAAGCCCUGGAAGUUGGUGCUGUCCCAGUUGUGCUAGGGGAGCAAGUACAGCUUCCUUACCAGGACAUGCUGCAGUGGAAUGAGGCAGCCCUGGUGGUGCCCAAGCCGCGUGUUACCGAGGUUCAUUUUCUGUUACGAAGCCUCUCAGAUAGUGAUCUGCUGGCUAUGCGGCGGCAAGGCCGCUUUCUCUGGGAGACUUACUUCUCAACCACUGACAGUAUUUUUAAUACCGUGCUGGCUAUGAUUAGGACUCGCAUACAGAUCCCAGCUGCUCCCAUCCGGGAAGAGGCAGCAGCUGAGAUCCCCCAUCGGUCAGGCAAGGCGGCUGGAACUGACCCUAACAUGGCCGACAAUGGGGACCUGGACCUGGGGCCAGUGGAGACGGAGCCGCCUUAUGCCUCACCCAAAUACCUCCGCAACUUUACUUUGACUGUCACUGAUUUUUACCGCAGCUGGAACUCUGCUCCGGGGCCUUUCCAUCUGUUCCCCCACACACCCUUUGACCCUGUGUUGCCCUCAGAGGCCAAAUUCUUGGGCUCAGGGACUGGAUUUCGGCCUAUUGGGGGUGGAGCUGGGGGUUCUGGCAAGGAGUUUCAGGCAGCACUUGGAGGCAAUGUUCCACGAGAGCAGUUCACAGUGGUGAUGUUGACCUAUGAGCGGGAGGAAGUGCUUAUGAACUCUCUAGAGAGACUGAAUGGCCUCCCUUACCUGAACAAGGUGGUGGUGGUAUGGAAUUCUCCCAAGCUACCGUCGGAGGACCUUCUGUGGCCUGACAUUGGCGUCCCCAUCAUGGUGGUCCGUACUGAGAAGAACAGUUUGAACAAUCGAUUCUUGCCCUGGAAUGAAAUUGAGACAGAGGCCAUCCUGUCUAUUGAUGAUGAUGCUCACCUCCGCCACGAUGAAAUCAUGUUUGGGUUUCGGGUGUGGAGAGAAGCACGGGACCGCAUUGUGGGUUUCCCUGGCCGUUACCAUGCGUGGGACAUCCCUCAUCAGUCCUGGCUCUACAACUCCAACUACUCCUGUGAGCUGUCCAUGGUGCUGACAGGUGCUGCCUUCUUUCACAAGUAUUACGCCUACCUGUAUUCUUACGUGAUGCCCCAGGCCAUCCGAGAUAUGGUGGAUGAAUACAUCAACUGUGAGGACAUUGCCAUGAACUUCCUUGUCUCCCACAUCACUCGGAAACCCCCCAUCAAGGUGACCUCUCGGUGGACCUUCCGCUGCCCAGGAUGCCCUCAGGCCCUGUCACACGAUGAUUCCCACUUUCAUGAGCGGCACAAAUGUAUCAACUUUUUUGUCAAGGUGUACGGCUAUAUGCCCCUACUGUACACUCAAUUCAGGGUGGACUCUGUGCUCUUCAAGACCCGCCUGCCCCACGACAAGACCAAGUGCUUCAAGUUCAUCUAGGGGCAUUGCAAGUUUUGGGGAGAGGAUGAGCAGAGUGGGGGAGAUGGUUCCUAAGGUUCCUCGACGUUGAAGGGCCUCAGGGCCACCCGCUGGGCGGGUGGCCCAAACCCCUGCUGGGAGAGGUGGCGGGAAGAGUGGGAAGGAAAUAGCCUUCUUUCCCUUAAAGUCGGCCACACUGGGCCCGGAACCCUGGUCGGAGGACGCAGGGGUUCCCUACACAGGGCACUGACUGAUAGCUUACACUGAGGAUCUUGGGGACUCCGGGGAGUCACUCACGCAGUUCAUAAGCCCAGGACAGCUGGUUUGUGGUUUUUAAAUUCAGUAACAACUAUUAUUAUUAUUUAAAAGGAGAAAGUUUCAGAUUUGCCAUUCGAGGCUUAUUUAUAUAUAUGUGCGUAUAUAUAUGUAUAUAUAUAUGCACACACACAUUCUCACAUACAUAUACAUAUACAUAUAUAGAGAGGGAGAGAUAGAUUUGGGGGGCAAUUUGAGAUUUCUGCCUGUUUCACAAAGUGAGGGACCCACUGAGUUUCCUGAUGUUCUGUACGUUGGUGGAGAUGGAGCCUGGCCUUAUGGUAUCUGGCUCAUCCUUAAAGAUCAUCUCUGUAUUCCCCAGGGCAUCUGCGUGCAGAAACAAAGGGCAGGCUUGGCCCUCCUAGGGGGCCCUGGACGAGAUAAGCCCUCUUGGUUUGUUCCUUCCUCCAUCUGUUGCCAACAGGUGAUCUGGAGCUUGCGACCUCCUGUCACUUGAGUCCGUGGGGAGGACCUGCACCUUUGGGAACAGCGGGGCUUCCCUGUGCUGGAUUGAGUGUUUUUGAGGAUUCAUCGCUAGGUUGAGCUGUCCCAGAACUGGUCCUUGCACACCCAUUCUCUCCCGUUUGAAAGAGAAGAAUGAGGAAGGAGUGAGACCUGAAGACAGCGCUCCCAGCUGGCUCUUUUUGUUCGGCCCUCCUUUUGAAACACACGUUGUGCUUUGGCUUCAGGCUUUCCUGGAAGUUCUCCCGUGUAAGAGAACAGAGAGCUGGCAGGCCGCACCUCCAGCUGUGAUCUGAAGUGGUCUGCAGGUUGGCCUACUCUCUCUGGCGUAGAACGAGCGAGCAUCCUUUGUGGACCCCCACCCGGCUGGCCGGGAAGUCUUACAGCAAGGCGCCUGCCUUGGGAUAAAUACCUUGGUGAAAUUCACCUUCCCUCCACCUUUGUCUGGACCUAUGCCCUGUGUUACCUGUAGUUUUUAGAUCCCUUAUGCCAGGUUGUCCCAGGACCCCUUGAGAUUUGGUAUGUGCCAGAAUGCUAAGAAGAUAGGCUCCAUUCCUGCCUGAGAUUUCACAGGCAUUCAUACCCAUGUUACCACUUUCCACUCUGGGUUUACAUUUCUAUUCCCUGGUUGAAACGGAAAUAAGCUAGUUUUGUUUUUUUUUUUUUUUUUUUUUUGUGUGGGUGGCAGUAGGAGAACCGGAGAGGGUGUCGGUGGCAUCUGGCAGGGAUUUAACCCAUGACUUCUACCAUUUUCCUGGACCCCACUUUCUUGCAGUGAAGUUGAAUACAGGUGGUUUCCCACAGCUGGACAAAAGCUCAGGUCUGUCCUGGUCAUGUACAUGCCUUAAGCCAGUUCCGUCUUCCCCAGACCUUGACAUCCUGUGCUGCUCUUUCUUGGGGGCACAUUCUCUGACCUGUCUCAGUGGGUCUCUGCAAGUAGCAUUUUGAAGCCAGGUGACAGAACCUGUAGACCCCACCCGGGUAGAGGGCUAGCUGGACCUAAAGGACCUCUCCUUAUUGGCAGACAAGACCAGGGCAGCUCCCAGGGCUUGUGGCCGCUAGAGGUUCCCACUGGCAUUUUCUUGUCGCUCUCCUACAGAGGCAGCUACCCAGGAAAUCCGGUUCUGCUUCUCAGCAGCCCAGCAAAGGGGUCCAGACUCCCUGUACCCUAACUUUCUAACUACCCUUUCCUUGACUCCGAACUAUUCUUUUUAGUGGUAGCCUUCUUCCCUCCGGGGAGCCAAAGAGUGUGGUGUUUUGAGCUAUAUAUGUGGCUGCUAUUUUUAUCUUGUUUAUUUUAAUGUAAGGAACUCAUAAACUGGCUUUCAGUGGGACCCGGUGAGAAAAGCGCAGUCUGUGUUAGGAGCCCCUGUCGUGGAGCCAGGCUGGGGGGUCCCCGAAUGCUGUUGGGAGAUCCAGGAGGAGCCGAGUGUUCUGAGAUUCUGGAUGACAUGAACGUCUACUGCAGGGAGGGUUAUGGUGUCAGAGCCGCAAACGAGGCGAGCGCUAUUUGGACCUAACAGGACACUAACCUGAGGGACUCCAAGCAGCAGGCUCUGCUGGACACUGGCCAUGUGCCUAAGGGACGCGGCUCAGGAGCAAGAGGCCGGGCAGUCAGACCUUUUACGUUGCUCGGUUAGGCGCUCCUGGAGAGUGACUGCUGUUUUCUGCGAGGUGGCCGCGGGGAGGCCCAGCACACGCUUCGAAUGCCCUUGAUGCCCAUCUGUCCCGCUGGGAAACGGACGUCCUGUACACCACGUGACUGGGACUCCUCUGGAACACGCGAACGGCUCUGCGGGCUCACAUGGUUUCCCCGGCCGUCCACAGGUCACCCCUUGCCGCCUGGGCCCAGGAUGUCCUCGUCCCGAGCUAGCCAGUUUGCUCUCCACCCCGAGGGGCACUCCCCUACGGGAGAGUGUCCCCAAGGUGCUCCUGGGGCCGUCUGAGCGUCUGCGCUGCUGACGGUGGUUUUCCGCGCCGUGCGCGCUGCUGCUCCUCGAGCCCAGGCCUGGGCGCGGUCGGCGGGACCCUGGCUGGGCGGGUGGGAGCCCCUCAGCCGCGGCCUGUGCGUGUGCGCAGGCAGCUCCCGGUUUGAAAUGAUGCUGUUUUGCAGGGGGAAGCUCUUUGAUGUCCAUGCCAUGUCCAUCCACCCCACCCCCCUUUUCCAGUCAUGAGCACAAUAGUCUUAUGUUGGAUUUUUGUAAAAAAAAUAAAAAUAAAAAUAAAAAUAAAU